AUGAAAAGAAGUUUUCAUACUUGUGAAUCUCAUGGUUCUUUGGAGGAUGCAAAACUUGCUCAUAAAUAUUAUUCGUCGUUGGAUGAUUAUUCAAAGCUACAAAAGGAAGUUACUUCUAAAAAAAGGAAAUUGCAAGUGCGGAAGCGAAAGCGAAAGGUACUUCAAAACGAUGUUGGAUUUUUGAGGCAACGACUUGCAUAUUUAAAAAAAUUGCACAUUGCUAAGGUUGAAACAAAACUUGGUCCAAGUCAAAAUCAAUAUAUUCAUGAAGCAUCCAUCGAAAAAGAGCUGAAUUGCAUUGCGAAUGUGACUAACACACAUCAAGAAAACAAUGGAGAGAAAGAUCAGAUGGGAAAGACACAUAGUGUGGCUGAUGAUGAGUCUGUGAAGUUGUCAAUCAAAGAAAAGAAAAGUGAAAAAAAGAAAGUUACAUGGAAAGAGGAGGUUGUUGUGCAUUGUAUUUAAUAUUUAAUAUAUUUUUUUUUAUUUAUCUUCGACAAGGAAGACACAACUCAAGUUGGCUUAGGAAAAUUUUGAUAUUUGCUGCAUCAU